AUGGGGAAACACGGUUCACGGGAAGAUUCUGAGUGGGGCUACGCUGAUCAGCUGCACAGGAAUCGACGUCGGGAGAUCUUGGCAAAGUAUCCAGAGAUAAAAUCCUUGAUGAAACCCGACCCCAACCUGAUCUGGAUUAUAACCAUGAUGGUUCUUGCGCAGUUGCUUGCAUUUUAUUUAGUCAAGAACUUGGGAUGGAAAUGGGUCCUAUUUUGUGCCUAUGUCUUUGGUGGUUCUAUUAACCACUCACUAGCUAUAGCUUCUCAUGAGAUUUCUCACAAUUUCCCCCUUGGCCACCACAAGGCACUGUGGAACCGCUGGUUUGGAAUAUUUGCUAACCUCCCUCUCGGGGUUCCAUAUUCGAUUUCCUUUAAGAAAUACCACAUGGAUCACCAUCGAUUCCUCGGAACUGACGGCAUGGACGUGGGUGUUCCUCAUGAUGUUGAGGGCUUGUUCUUCUGCACCACCUUCAGGAAGCUUGUCUGGAUUACUUUUCAGCCCCUUUUUGUUAUUUUUCGACUUCUAUUUAUCAACCGAAAACAAAUUUCUUAUCUGGAAAUCAUUAAUGUUGUGGUUCAGAUCACUUUUGACAUUAUAGUUUACUAUGUUUUCGGAAUUAAAUCUUUAGUCUACAUGCUGGCAGCCUUUCUGCUUGGCCUUGGUUUGCACCCAAUUUCUGGACAUUUUAUAGCAGAACAUUACAUGUUCUUAAAGGGACAUGAGACAUACUCAUAUUAUGGAUCUCUGAACUUACUCACCUUCAAUGUGGGCUAUCAUAAUGAGCACCAUGACUUCCCCAACGUUCCUGGAAAAAACCUGCCCCUGGUGAGGAAAAUAGCCGCUGAAUACUACGAUAACCUCCCUCAUCACAGCUCCUGGUUCAAAGUGCUGUAUGAUUUUGUGAUGGAUGACACAAUGAGUCCCUAUUCACGGAGGAAGAGGCUUCUGGAAGGGAAACAGCUUUUAGAGUAA